AUCAAGCAAAAGCUCCAAGGAAUUCUUGUCCAGUGGGCUGCAAACAUCAAGAAUGUUCUGCAGGUCCAAAGCACAAAUUAUCUCAGGAACUAAACUUGCCAAAGAAAUUAAGAAAGAGAUCCACAAGGAUGUGGAAUCCUGGUUGUGCCUCGGCAACCAAAGACCCCAUCUCAGUGUAAUACUAGUAGGGGACAACCAAGCAAGUCACACCUAUGUCAAGAAUAAGAUCAAAGCUGCAGCUACUGUAGGAAUUUCCAGUGAAGUGUUACUUAGACCCAGCAAUAUUACUCAGGAAGAAUUACUGGAUAUCAUAAGCAAAUUAAACCGUGAUUCUAGUGUUAGUGGCCUGCUACUACAAUUACCUUUACCAGAACAUAUCAAUGAGAGAGAUGUCUGUAAUGCAGUUGAUCCAGAAAAAGACGUUGAUGGAUUUCAUAUUGUAAAUAUUGGAAGACUCUGCUUAGAUCAGUCAUCUAUUAUUCCUGCUACAGCCGCUGCUGUUUGGGAAAUUAUUAAAAGAACAGGCAUAGAAACAUUUGGCAAAAAUGUUGUAGUUGCAGGAAGAUCGAAAAAUGUUGGCAUGCCUAUUGCUAUGCUGUUGCACACAGAUGGCAGACAUGAGAGACCUGGCGGUGAUGCAACUGUAACAAUUACCCACAGAUAUACUCCAAAAGAUCUACUGAAGAGACACACUCAGCUAGCAGAUAUUAUAAUUGUGGGAGCAGGUAUUCCAAAGUUGAUCACGGCAGACAUGAUUAAGGAAGGGGCUGCUAUAAUUGAUGUUGGCAUUAAUCAUAUAGAAGAUCCCGCUACAGGAAAAACAAUAAUGGUUGGAGAUGUGGAUUUGGAAGGAGUGAAAGAAAAAGCCGGUUUUAUCACCCCUGUUCCAGGUGGCGUUGGACCAAUGACUGUUGCAAUGCUACUGAAGAAUACAUUAACGGCUGCUCAAAAAUUAAUUUACUAA